CAAUGGGCUCGUGCAUUAACCAAACUCAUCUGCUUGAAUCUAAUCAAGCUCUUGAUUGGAAUCAAGGCACAUGUCAGAUGUCACAGGUUGCACCUGACUUGAAUCUGUAGCGGAUAUCGGUUCUCAGGUCGUUUCUAUAGAUUCAAAAAUCCGAAAACAUGGCCGUUCUUGAGGAGUAUGUAUGGCUGGUGAUUGUGGGAUCCAUUGUGGCAUUUGGCUUCGGUUGGGGAACUGGUGCCAACGAUGUAGCCAAUGCCUUCGGUACUUCGGUCGGAAGUAAAACUCUCACUCUUCGACAAGCGGUCAUUAUUGCUUCGAUAUUUGAGUUUGCCGGUGCACUGCUCCUGGGACGAGUAUCUACAAACACCAUAGCGUCGGGCAUUGCGGACAUUAAUUCGUUCAGUAGAGACCCAGAAGUGUACGCGUAUGGAAUGGUUUGUGCAUUGGGUGUGGGUACAGUUUGGCUGAUCCUCACUUCCUAUAUGGGACUCAAUGUUUCGUCCACUCACUCCAUCAUUGGAGGAAUUAUCGGGUUCGCUCUCGUCUGGGAUGGCACGAACGCUGUAAUUUGGGCGGAGAAGGAUACCAAGUCCUUCCCACCGUACAAGGGGGUGGUGGCCAUUAUUCUCUCAUGGUUCGUAUCUCCAGUUCUGAGUGGACUUACAGCUGCGCUCAUCUUCUUCGUGGUCCGCACUCUCGUGCUUCGACAGAAAAAUGCCUACAUGUUGUCCUUCUGGACCCUUCCUCCGUUCGUGCUCGUCACCACUUUCAUCAACCUGUAUUUUGUCUUCACCAAGGGUGCCAAGAAAGCGCUCUCCAAAAACGACGACUGGUCUGACGCCAAGGCUGCGUGGAUCUCGGCCAUUAUCUCCGCGGGAGCGACACUAUUCUGUAUAUUCAUUGCCCUGCCCUUGCUGAAGAAGAUGGCUGACAGGCAAUUCGACAGUGCUGGAAACCGAAUCGUGAGGACACCUGACACUCAACUCGAGAAUGUAAAUAAUGAAGGAGAUUUAGAGAAAUCCGUCGACAAGACAAAUGUAGAACCCAAGCAACUGACCAACUGGCAGAAGUUUAGCAAAGCAGCAACUCACGGAAUGGACGUGGAUAUCCACAAGGUUGUGAAGACUGACGAGAAAAUCGGAAAUAUGCACGAGGCCGCAGAGAAAUUCGAACCACGAGUGGAGUAUGCUUUCAGCUACUUACAAGUGUUCUCAGCCAUUUGCGUGAUCUUCGCCCACGGUGCCGGUGAGGUGGGAUACAUGGCAGGUCCCUUGGCUACCAUCUGGGAUGUUUACCAGAAGGGACAACUAUCAAAGGCUGUGACUCCCCCCGUCUGGAUCAUACUUAUCGGGGCAAUUGGUUUGGUUAUUGGUCUGGCCACAUACGGUUACAAUGUCACCCGAUCCAUGGGAGUAAAACUAGCGAUGCUGACACCGACCCGGGGAUUUGCUGCUGAGCUAGCGACUGCGUUCGUGAUCAUGAUUGCGUCACAGUAUGGGCUUCCCACUUCUUCAAGUCAGUGCAUCACCGGCGCGAUCAUCGGUGUGGGAGUUUUGGAAGGAAGCAAGGGAGUGAACUGGACAUUCUUCGUCAAGCAGUUCGCAUCUUGGGUCUCCACUCUGUUCGUCAUCGGUGUGGUGGUCGCUGCGGUGUUCGCCCAGGGCGUGUAUGCUCCAAGUAAGAUCCAAGGUAAGGAGGUGACGAGGUACGAGGAUCGGUUGACGAAUCUGACGACGCAAGUGUACAAGGACUUCAACACUAGCCUGCAGAGCUACAAAGCUGCAAGUGACUCCCUGGCUCUCACUACUCUUCCUCCCAGCACAUGGACUCAAUUGAACGACACUAUCAACAUUGACAACACCAGAGCGAAGAAUCUAGUCAACCCCAAACUGUCUCAAACCACCGAUGCUGAACAAGUUAUCAGCGCUCUGUACAAAUCACUGUCAUUAGUUCAAAACUACACCAUCUUCACGCUGGGGCAGAAUUCGGUAUAUCCAGGAGCGGCGGUUUGCAUGGACCCGGCGACUGCAAUCGGGAACGCAACCAACCCACAGGUUCCUUGCACAGCACCAAAGCUAGUCAAAUGAUCAUGAACGAGUGAUAUUCAAAGCUUGGUGCUAAAUUUCGGUGAGAACGAACGAUAUUACAUAAUUUCCACCAUUAUCGCAAAUGUGGGUAUGCUACCAACUGGGUCCUGUGUCCGGGGAGUUUCGAGUUCGAUCAAGUGGUUUGAUCAUGGGAGCGAUAGAUAUAUCAACUUCGAUGGGUAGCAAGCGUAUUGAAUCGAAAACAGCUCUGAUUAGCGUUCACGCAAUUAAAUGUCAUAUUUUGCCUCUGCUAUAUCGCGCUGGUUUGAGAAGUUACGUUGGUGAGUGGCACGAGUGCUUCGCUUUCAUAGUGCGAAUCUCUGUAUCUUCAACGAGAUGUAUGCACAUGAGAUAGUUUUGACAAUUUUUAUGGUAUAGUCAAUCCAUCCAAUUGUAAAAAUGGAGUGUAAAUCUAGAAACGAAGAAAAUUACAGCUGCUAGGGUUGGAGCUAGACAGCAAGAUAGAAGACAGGAUAUAGCAAGGAGUAUACU